UUCCAGUUCGAGCGUUUCAUAGACAUCAACCAAAACACCAACAUGUGGAUCUUCUGGUGGCCCUUCCUCCGCUCGCUCUACGUGGUGGCCCUCGUCAUGUGGCACACAAACACCUGGUGAAGUCACAACGUUCAUCCUCUUCAGUAACCUUUGGAUCUGCAAGAAGAAAAAGAAACAUUAAAAACGUUAAAAUAGGCACAAAAAGAAAGAAGAAUUACAGAUUUUGGGAGUGGGGGGGGGGGGGGGUUGGGUUCCGGUCCUCUGAAAUGAUGCGAACGUGGAAGUAACUUAAAACUGCAUUCUAUCAAAAGGCCACCAGGGGGCGACCGUUUUGGUGUCAAAAGGACUUCCGUCUCUAUACAAGUCAAUGGAGAAUUCACCAACUUCUCACUUGAUUUCUAACCUCAGUAAACGUUUUCAAAAUGUGUUUAUGGUCUCAAUCGCUAGUUUAAAGCCUUCUUCAAUGCAGUAUGA